AUGGCUUUCGUUCGUCGAGACAAGAAGGGGUAUGCAGUGGCUAAUGAGGACGGCCGACCACUUUUUCAAUUCGACUUGCCCCCUUCUUCAACUCCUCACCAUCGGUUUGUACUUAGUUCAGUUGAUGGUUUGCUUUUGUUGUGGGAUGGAUUGGAUGAUAAUAAUGAUAUUCUCUUCGUAGUCAAUCCAAUGACUCGUGAAUAUAUUGAUCUUCCUCCUCUACCUGCACGUAGGUGUCUAUUUGGAUUUGGGGUGAGCAAAUUAAGUGGACAAUAUAAGAUUUUAUGUGUCGAUGAAUCUAGGUUCUGUCAUGUGUACACUCUAGGAGGAGAAUGUUCAUGGAGAAGGAUCCCAGCACCAGCGGCAAUUAGGCUGCCUCACGCGCUAAAGAUUACAUAUAGACCGUCACUUGAUUAUGCUAUAUUUUUGAACGGAAAUAUUCACUGGCUUGCAUGUGACCUUGAGAAUAAUUUUUUGAUUUGUUGCUUUGAUCUUGAAACAGAGCUCUUCACCAGUUUUCCUCUUAAGGAUCCACCCCUUCUCAAG